GUAAGGAACCCGAAGAGGAGUGAAGCAAGCAUAGAAUGACUUACGUGUCCAUCAAAUUAGAGGUGUCCUUAUUGUGGUUGAAGGCGCAUCCCUGGUCUUCGUAGCGGCAAUGGCCAUAUAUCAAGACGUUCCGACAGAGAGUGUCCUUUGUAUCUAAGAAGGAGCGGGUUGUCGCGUCAGAAGGGGUCCCAACAGCAUCCAUCUAUUUCCGAGAGGCACGCGGGUAGGGGGAAAGGCUGGCCAUGUAUGUCGCGCCUGUCAAUUCGGAGAGUGCAAGCACUUACCGCGUGUCUUGGGUCUUGGAGAGGCCAUCUGCCUCCCUCUGUCCGCAGUUCCGAAGCGCGUGUUCGCCAUUUGUACGGGAGGGCUUGGGAGUUCUCGUCAUGGAGCAGUCCUGAUGGUCGGGUCGGGAGGAAGGUGGUCGCCGCCCCUGUUCAUACAACCCCUACGUGCAUUUGGGCAACCUGGUUAACUCAGAUGCCCUGGCUGGGGACGGGUGCAGAUGGCCGGGUGGGAGGGGCAGAGGAGGGAGACGUGAAUGGACCUACAGAAGACCUCAAAGCACUCCCAUUUUCCCCGGCAGAAAAAGGGCGAGAACCCGCCCAUAGACCAAGCAACAGAGAGCGGGGGGAGAGGGUUGACCACGGGGAGUUGCGAGGAUCAAUUGGGCCUCGAGAAGGGCGUGGACGAGGGCGGCAAUAAGGGAUACAAAGGAGAGGAUGCGGGCGGGUUGGAAUUAACUGCAGUGAACGGAUAUGUAUAUCUAAUAGUUGAGGUUCUAA